AUGACCGUGAUUUUGACGAACAGAAUGCUUGAUCAUGUCCUGCGAGUACUGCAGUUUAUCUUCGCCAUCACCGUUAUGGGAACUGACGGCUACGCUAUUCACGUGUUUCGCGGACACACUGUCUACGAACAUUUCGAUUUCGGUAGCUUCUACGAUUACUACGGCGUCCCUAAUUCAUGGGGCUUUCUGAUGUUUUGUGCUGGCUGGACGUUUCUAACUGUCAUCUUUCACACCAUUGCUAGGAUCAAAUUCCCGGAUGGUGCGUUGAUUGGCUACAUUCACGUUGCCGUUGAGACUGUGGCUGUUCUCUCAUGGCUCGCUGGUUUCAUCGCUGUAGCUGUUCAAAUUUCAACCGACACAUGUUCAACUGGAAAUAACUCAUGUAGGAUCCUCAUCGUAGCGACAGUCUUUGGGGCGCUCGAAUGGUUAUUAUUCAUGAUUACCGCAGCCUUGACUGCCAUUCCCAUCUUCAAACAGAUCCCCAAGCCAAAGACAUCUAUGACUGGACCUGAUACAGCCAUCUGA